UGCGUGGGCGGAAUUGACGUUUUUACACAGUAGAACAAACGUUACCGCUUCUCCGCGAAGGUGAGAACUAUGAACCCAUGCCGCCGUAUGUUGUUGUUGAUAUGUGCAAUGCUAGCUCGUGUUAGCGAGACUUUGAUAGUGAGACCAGUGUUUACUGUGGCAGCUGACAUGUGAGCUCCACCCUCAUAGUUUUAAUCCAGUAGGCGACAUUUGGACUUACAUGUUAUUUAGCGUUAAGGGGUGAUAUUUGGGCUCUUUGUUUUUAAAGGGCUCGUUGUUGCUAGCUAAGCAAACGCUGCCUUGGUUUUAAGCUAGCUGUCUCAGCUGUUUGCUUGGCGUUACGAGCUAGUCGAUAAACAGGUUUAGCCCAACUUUAGCCUUGGGUAUUACAAAUGUCCAGCUCUGCUAAAAUUACGUUCCCCGCCGAGUGGGACGACGAUGAGCGGAUGGAUUUUAUGUUCUCCGACUUCAAAGAGAAUCGAGACGUGAACACUACGGACUGGGACAGUAAGAUGGACUUCUGGACGGCUCUGAUCGUGAAGAGCUGCAGGGACCGCGGCACCGUUUGUGUCAGCCUACAAGAGCUAAACAAGACCUUAAAGAGGAAAGAAAAAUCACCGCUGGGCUUGGCGACUGUCAUCCAGUCCAUGGCCAGAUCUGGGAAGAUCCAGAGGGAGUCGGAGUUUGCUGCUAAUGUGGACUGUGGCUGGCUGUCCUGGGGUGUUGGCCUGCUGCUGGUGAAGCCUCUAAAGUGGACAUUCUCGGCAAUUUUGGGUAGCAGCCGGGUACCUUUGGAGGAGUCAUUUGUUAUCAUUGAACUAGUAAAGGAGAAAGCAGCUGAAUUACUCAGGGUCUACCGGAGCAGUGAAUUUUCAAGCUGCUCCAUUGUGUCAUUUCAAGAUCUCUGCACCCUCUCCUCUGACAUCUGUGCUGAUGAGAGCACCCUAUGCAUGGCGCUCCUGCAGCUGCAGAGGGACAAGCAAGUCAUGGUUUCAUUGCACGAAGGAGAGAAGAUUGUUAAGUUUUGUCUACCUGGACAGGAGCGCGUGUCUCCAGUUAGUGAUGUGGACAUAGGCAUCUACCAGCUGCAGCGCAGUGAGAAACUGCUCGGCGAACGGGUGGAGAAAUUGGGCCUCGAGGCUGACAAGUGCAAGGAUGAAGCAAGGAUUCUGCUGCGGGAAGGGAAGAAGUCACAGGCACUGAGGUGUUUGAGAGGCCGCAAGAGGGUAGAAAAGAGAGUGGACAACUUGUUUGCUAAGCUGGAGUCCAUCAGGGAAAUCCUGGAUCGAAUAGCGCAGUCACAGAGCGAUAAGAUGGUUAUGCAAGCAUAUCAGGCUGGAGUGGCUGCCCUGAGGCUCUCUCUCAAAGAUGUGACUGUGGAGCGUGCCGAGAGCCUUGUGGAUCAAAUCCAGGAGUUAUGUGACACUCAAGAUGAGGUGAACCAGACUAUAUCCAGUGGUGUGACUGUUGCAGAUGAAGACAUGGAUGAGCUGGAGGAAGAACUGAAAUCUUUGUUGAAUGAGUCAAAGCCAGAUUCCAUCUCAGGUUUACCUGCAGUCCCAGCAAAGAAUUUGCAGCCCUCCGCUGAGCCCAUCCUCAGUUCUCUGCCUGAUGUACCUCAACGCCCCUUAAAUAUUAGCGCUGAGCAGCUGGAGGAAGAACUGAAUCGAUUAACUCUUACAGAUUCAGGCUUUCAACAGAAGAAAUUCACAUCGCCAGCCAAGAUAUUAGAUCCUGCACAGUGACGGUGCAGCUGAGACAUGGCAAGUCUGAAGGUCUUCAUCGCAUAUCAAGAUAAACUGAAGCUCUUAAAAAUGAAAGCGAGUUCCUACAAGUUAAAACAAUACUCAGUAGAGAAGCCAAUACCAGGUUGAUAACAAAGCACUUUGUCAUUUAUUUAAAAAAAAAACAAAAAAAAAAGGUUUCCUUAUUGUGGAUCAUGCCAAAAAGGACUUUUUUUUCUCCCUCAUGCACUUUUUAACUUGAAAGCUUUGAGAUGCUCUCAAGUCAAAAGUGAAUGUUUUAAGCCCUUGAAAUAGGCCCUGUGGUAUCUCACCAUCAGGAACGUUUUUAAUUUGAUGCUAUUUUUGACAAGAGGAAGAGAAUAACUGUAUUUGCCAUUUAUUGUGUGUUUAUUAAUGUGUGUGAAUGUCCAUCAUUGGCAGUCCUGUAAAGUGUAUUAAGUGGCCUUCUGGAUUGUAAAUAUGAGCCUAUAAGUAAAAGAGAAUGUUAUUCCAGAUGAUUUAUUACAACUACAUUUAUUCUCAAUACAGUGUACCUGUAAAGACAGAGAAAAGCCUACCUUAAGUGAGUUUAACCAAAUA